ACUAUUACAUGCCUCUUCCUCGCUUCAAAACGGCACCGUUUCCACUUGUUAUUAUUUUUCUCUCUAUCGUCUAACAAAAAAAAAAACUGACUUGGGAUUUUUUUUCAUUUGUCUAGCCCAAAAGAAGAAGAUAGAAACGAAGAAAAAAAGCAAACACAUUUUGGGUCCCCGGUGGUUAGGAUCAAAUUAGGGCACAAACCUUAUCGGAGAAAGAAGCCAUGGGAAGAAGAAAAGUCGAGAUCAAGCGAAUCGAGAACAAAAGCAGUCGACAAGUCACUUUCUCCAAACGACGCAAAGGUCUCAUCGAAAAAGCUCGACAACUUUCAAUUCUCUGUGAAUCUUCCAUCGCUGUUGUCGCCGUCUCCGGUUCCGGAAAACUCUACGACUCUGCCUCCGGUGACAACAUGUCAAAGAUCAUUGAUCGUUAUGAAAUACAUCAUGCUGAUGAACUUAAAGCCUUAGAUCUUGCAGAAAAAAUUCGGAAUUAUCUUCCACACAAGGAGUUACUAGAAAUAGUCCAAAGCAAGCUUGAAGAAUCAAAUGUCGAUAAUGUAAGUGUAGAUUCUCUAAUAUCUAUGGAGGAACAGCUCGAGACUGCUCUGUCAGUAAUUAGAGCUAAGAAGACAGAACUAAUGAUGGAGGAUAUGAAGUCACUUCAAGAAAGGGAGAAGUUGCUGAUAGAAGAGAACCAGAUUCUGGCUAGCCAGGUGACAAAAACAUCUCUUAUGAUUCUUCGAGCUAAUUCAUCAUUACACUUGCGUCAAAACAUAUAUAUAAAAAUUGAAGGAGUUUGAUGGAAGCUAGGCAUUUUUUUUUUGUGAAAAUACAAAUAUCUUGUUACUAUUUAGUUGGAGCUGUAGAAAAAGAAAUUUGAAGGACUUCAAUGAAUGCAACACAGUUUUGAGUGAAACUCACAAUUUAGUUUUAAGCAAAAGAAAAGUAUACUCUUAAAAAUCUAGAUUUCUUGUUAAUUUUUGUUAGCUGUAGGAAAAUAAUGUAAGAAAGUUUCUUACAGGUGGGGAAGAAGACGUUUCUGGUUAUAGAAGGUGACAGAGGAAUGUCACGGGAAAAUGGCUCCGGCAACAAAGUACCGGAGACUCUUUCGCUGCUCAAGUAAUCACCAUCAUCAACGGCUGAGCUUUCACCAUAAACUUACUCACAGCCUGAUUCAGAAGCUUUUACAAAAUUGUAAAUUAUAAAAAGCUGCAUAAUAAUCUCAACCUUUUUAUCUUCCUCGCGCCAAUGUGGAAAUAAAGGUAAAACAAAACGAAGCUCUUUUCUUUUAUGCGAAAGAAUUGUAAAACUAAGAUAAAGCUACCGAUCUUUGUUGUACCUUAGUAGACAAAUAUCAGAGUUCUUGUGCUUGUCUUCUUUGUCUAAAAGUACGGAUUGGAUUCAAAAGAUUUGCUUUCUUUAGCGCGAAGAACCCUAGAGCUUCUUAAUUCCUUUGGUUUUCCUUAUUUA